AUGACAGUAUCAGACGCCCCAGUUAAGACCUCUACCUAUCUUGAGGCUGUGAAACAUCGUCGUACCGUGUACGGCGUUACCGAUAACAUUUUAGUCAACGAUGAUCGCAUUAUCGAGAUUGUAAAUGAAGUCAUCCAAACCAUGCCUUCGUCGUGGAAUGUGCAGAGCACCCGCAUUCUGGUGACGCUGGGCAAGGAACACAAGAGGUUCUGGGAUGCGGUUACCACUGCUGCUAAGCCAUUCAUUCUCAAAAACCAAGGCGAGGAGGAUUGGAAACGUAAUGAAGAUCGUUUCAAUUCAUUCCAGGCCGCCUAUGGUACAAUCUCUGUCUUCGAGGACCAUGCAGCUAUCAAGAAACUCCAUGAGAAGUUCUCCAAGUUCCCCAUCACCGUCUUUGAGGGGUUUGCCGAGCGCUCCAACGCUAUGCAUCAGAUUACACUUUGGACUGCCAUUGAACUCGAAGGCCUCGGUGCUAGCUUGCAGCACUCACACUUUGUGCCAGGUGUGGAGGACGGAAUCAGAUCUGCAUUUCAACUUCCCUCGUCUUGGUCCGUGAGGGCGGAGAUAGUGUUUGGCGGUCUAUCAGGCGAGCGACCGACCGUCCCGGAGAAAGAACCCGUCUCCACUACUGUGAAGAUCUACAAAUAA